GGAAUGUUGUGACCGGUCAGAUCACUAGCGAUACACUGCAUAAUACAGCCAAACAAACACUUGGCUGUAAUAGAUCGGUAUGUGCCGGUUCAAUCAUGAGCUACAAGAGCACACUAUACCAGAGCCAGCCAAGGCAUACCCGAACCAUCGAUGAAGUGAUAGAUGAAUCCAAACAUUUUAUUGAACAAUACUAUGCAUCCAUCAAACGUGUCAACACUGCGGCCCACGAGUUAAGGUGCCGGGAGAUUGUCAAAGAGGUUAACGAAAAGGGCACCUAUACGUUAAAAGAGACGGAACUCAUAUUUGGCGCCAAACUAGCCUGGCGUAAUGCACCCAGGUGCAUCGGCAGAAUACAGUGGUCCAAAUUACAGGUAUUUGACGCCCGAUAUGUGUCGACUGCACGUGAAAUGUUUGAAGCCCUCUGUAAUCAUAUAAAAUAUGCCACAAAUAAAGGAAAUCUUAGAUCUGCUAUUACUAUAUUUCCGCAACGAAUCGGGAAACGAGAGUUUCGGGUCUGGAAUCUACAGCUACUAUCAUAUGCCGGGUAUUUAGAUCCGGACACAAACAAAACUAUAGGCGAUCCACUAAAUCUAGAGUUUACACAAUUAUGUGAAGGUCUGGGCUGGAAAAGUAAACGUACCAAAUGGGAUAUACUACCGCUUGUACUGUCGGUGCCCGAUGAAGAUCCGCAAUUGUUUACAUUGCCAGAGGAACUGGUGCUCAGAGUGCCGAUAGUUCAUCCCAAAUACAACUGGUUUAAGGAAUUGGACCUUCAAUGGUAUGCCCUGCCAGCCGUAUCCAACAUGAUGUUCGAUGUGGGAGGUCUAGAAUUCCCUGCCUGUCCAUUUAGCGGCUGGUAUAUGGUCACCGAGAUAGCGGCCCGGGAUUUAUGCGAUCCCCAGAGAUAUAACGUGCUUGAGGAUGUGGCAAUUAGGAUGGGAUUAGACGUGCGAACCAACUCAUCGCUGUGGAAGGAUGCGGCACUGGUCGAACUGAAUGUUGCCGUACUGUACAGCUACCAGAGCGCCAACGUAACCAUUGUCGAUCACCAUACGGCCGCCGAGUCGUUCAUGAAACACCUGGACAAUGAACAACGGCUACGAGGCGGCUGUCCAGCCGAUUGGGUAUGGGUAGUACCGCCCAUUUCCGGCUCAGUACUGCCCGUCUAUCACCAGGAAAUGCUCUACUAUGAACUAAAACCGAGCUAUGAAUACCAGGAUCCGGCCUGGAGGACACACGAGUGGCACGCCCUGCCCGGCACCCAACGGCCCACAGCCAACGGUACACCCCGUAAGCUGCGCUUCAAAGAGAUAGCCCGGGCCGUGAAGUUUACGUCAAAUUUGUUCGGCAAAGCGCUGUCCAAACGCAUCAAAGCGACCAUUUUGUUUGCCACGGAAACCGGCAAAUCGGAACUGUUCUCUAAACGACUGUCCCAUAUAUUUUCGCACGCAUUUAAUGUAUCGGUAAUGUGUAUGGACUCGUACGACAUGUCACACCUGGAGCACGAGGCACUACUGUUGAUAGUGACCAGUACGUUCGGCAAUGGCGAUCCACCCGAAAACGGUGAAGUAUUUGCCCGCCAAUUGCAGGCCAUUAAGAUGACCGGCGAUACCACACCCGACAUGGAAAGUGUGCGCAAUAUAUCUACUUCAUAUCUGCGCGUUUCGACAUCAGUAGACUCGGCCGAAACGCCGACCAACAACAACUGUGUGACCACUUUUGACGACGGCAGUACACCGGUUGGACCGCUCAGUAACAUCAGAUUUGCAGUGUUCGGGUUGGGCUCGGGUGCCUAUCCGAACUUUUGCGCUUUCGGACGCUAUUUGGACACAAUUUUGGCCGAUUUAGGCGGCGAACGCAUACUGAAAGUAGGAACUGGCGACGAACUUUGCGGUCAGGAACAGUCGUUCGGCGAUUGGGCCAAAAUGGUCUUCGAAGUGGCCUGCGAUGUCUUCUGCAUAUCCGAUGAACUGAACCUCAAAGAGGUAAUGAAAUCGGCGACAUUGAAACCGCUUCAGUGGUCAAAGAGUAACGUAAAACUGGUGCCAUAUAAUGGACAGUCGAGGCCAGACAUUUGCAAAUGUUUGUCGAAAGGACCGUCGCGUCGAGUCGUCGAAUAUCGUCUAACAAACCGCUCGGAACUGCAAGAGGUCGACACCACAGACGGCCGAACCACUGUAUUGGUCGAGUUAGAUGCCGUUGACGGUAAAGCGGCCACUUUCUAUAUGCCCGGCGACCAUUUGGGCGUCUAUCCUGAAAAUCGUAAACAACUGGUCGAUGGUAUUGUCAAACACUAUGAGGACAUUAUAGAUGUGGAUCAGGUAUAUCAGAUAAUGCUUAAAGUGAUGGACGAUAAAGGAGACGAAGAAAAGUGGAUUCCGGUUGAAAAGCUCGACAUGACUUCAUUGAGAGAGGCGUUGACCCGUUAUCUGGAUAUAACGACACCGCCGACCCAACAACUGUUAAAUUUGUUUACAAUGCAUACCACAGAUGACAAUGAUAAAAACCGAUUGAAACAAUUGGCUACCGAUUCGACCAAAUACGAGGAAUGGAAAGCACACGGCUUUCCCAAUCUGCUGGAAGUGCUCGAAGAGUUUCCAUCGCUAAAACUGCCAGUCGAACUGUUAGUCACCCAAAUGCCGGCCAUUCAGUCCCGUUUCUACUCGAUAUCGUCGUCUCCAUUGAUGACCUCAUCGGCACAGGUCGAUCUGACAGUGGCUGUUGUCCAGUACACCACAUGCACCGGUACCAAACACUACGGUGUGUGCUCUAACUACUUGAAUCAGAUACCUAUUGGCCACUCGGUGUACGGAUUUAUCAGAAGUGCGCCCAACUUUAGACUACCCGACGAUAAAACAGUACCAAUAAUAAUGGUCGGGCCGGGCAGCGGUAUAGCACCUUUUCGCGGCUUCUGGCAGCAUCGGGUACGGCUAGUGAAUACCAAGCGCGAGGAACGCCACAAAUUAGGCAAAAUGACACUGUUUUUCGGCUGCCGAACCCCAUCGAUGCAAUUGCAUCGCAAAGAAGUACAGCAAAUGAUCGACGACGGCAUCAUUAGCCAAAGUUUUAUAGCCUAUUCCCGAGUGGCCGGCCAUCCAAAGCGCUACGUUCAGGACUGUCUGAAAAAUGAAUCCCAAACCAUAUAUCAUCAGCUGAUGCACGAAAGGGCCCACUUUUAUGUCUGCGGCGACGUAUCGAUGGCCGAGGAUGUGUGCCGUACAUUGAAAUACAUUUUACAGGACAACGGUAUUGACGAUCCCGAAGUGGCACUCGUGUCGCUCAAGGAAACAAUGCGAUAUCACGAAGAUAUCUUCGGUAUAACAUUACGAACAGCUGAGGUGACCACUCGUGGCCGAACCGAUGCACUGACCAAACGGAGCUUUUCUAACGCUUAGUGGUUAUGAUAUACACUCGGGUGGAUAGGAAAGGGUGUCUAAU